GUGCAUAUCCAUUUUCAUCAGCUUAAACAUUGGAGCUUCCUCCUCCAUUUUAAUCAAUCCCGACUAUCCAAGAAUCAAUUGUCUUAAGCUUUAAAACUAGAGGUAUAAACAGUGGUAACCAGGGUAAUAGGUGGUUUCAUUUUAUGGCUUCAAGCACUAUUAGAAAGGCUAUUGGUGUGGUUAAAGACCAAACAAGUAUAAGCAUUGCCAAAGUUGCUGGCAAUGUAGCACCGGAUCUGGAGGUGCUCAUAGUAAAAGCAACAGGCCACGACAAUGAACCGGCUGAAGAGAAGUACACAAGGGAGAUCCUAAACCUUACAUCUUACUCUAGAAGUUAUGUGAGUGCCUGUGUUUACACUCUUUCUAAGCGAUUGAGUAAAACGCAUGAUUGGAUUGUGGCAUUGAAGGCCUUGAUGCUUAUACACAGAUUGUUGGUUGAUGGGGAGCCUGCAUUUGGUCAAGAAAUAAUGUAUGCGAGCCGAAAGGGGACAAGGGUUUUGAAUAUGUCCGACUUUCAUGAUGAGGCUCACUCAAAUUCUUGGGAGCAUUCAGCUUUUGUGAAAACUUAUGCUAUGUAUCUUGCUCAGAAACUUGAAUUCAUAGCAUCUGAGCAAAAGUUAAGUGGUAUCAAUGACACUUCACGUUUUGAAGACGGGUAUAGAGUUAAUCAAGUGUCAAGAUCCUAUGAUGAUUUGAAAGAAUCAGUUAGGCAAGGUGAUAGGAAAGACAUAGAAGUCGUGAGUUCGGUAUGGGAAAUGAAGACUGAGGAGGUUUUAGAGAGAUUACAUCAGUUGCUUCGCCUUCUUGAUCGGGUCUUAUCUUGUAGGCCCACUGGGAAUGUGAAAAAUAGUAGGAUGGUGCUUAUUGCGCUACACCUUGUUCUGAAGGAAAGUUUUAGGGUUUAUGCUGAUAUGUUUCAGGCCCUGGGAGUUUUGCUUGAUCGGUUUUCACAACUGGAGUAUGCUAUCGGCGUCAAGGCUUUUGAUGAAUCUGUUUAUGCCGCAAAAACAAUUGAUGAGAUUGUGGGUUUUUAUAGCUGGUGUAAGGAUUUAGGUGUUGCUAGAUCAUCAGAGUUCCCCAAGGUGCAAAAGAUAACUGAUGAACUUUUGGGAGGACUAGAGAGAGUCUUGAGGGAAAAGAAGAAUGUGGAGAAAAACAAGGAAAUAGAGAGUUUGGAUAAUGAAAGUGAAACAUUACCUAAUAUGAAUGAAAUAAAGGCACUUCCUCCACCUGAAAAUCACAAUCCACCACCAUCUCCACCACCGGCUGCCGCACUGCCGCCCCAGCCAACUGAAGACCUGUUGAAUUUAAAGGAUGAUGUUAUGUCAGCUGAUGCUCAUGGCAAUAAACUGGCACUUUCUUUGUUUUCUGCACCUUCAAAUGUCAAUACCAAUGGUUCAUGGGAAGCUUUCUCCGAGCCUGAAGUGACGUCUGCGUGGCAAAUACUGGCGGCAGAGGGUGGUGGAGAAGCCGAUUGGGAAGUGGCACUGGUGGAAUCCGCUAGUAAUCUACCGAAACAGAAGGCUAACAUGGCAGGCGGUCUUGAUUCCUUACUGUUAAACGGUAUGUAUGAUCACGGAGCAGUGAGACAACACAUGAGCAAUAGCCAGGUGAGUGGCGGCAGUUCCAGUAGCUUUGUGAUGCCCGGACUGGCAGCAACACCCAUGUUAGCAUUGCCGGCACCGGAUGGGACCAUACAAUCAGUGGGCCCACAAGACCCUUUUGCAGCAUCACUCACAAUUCCGCCCCCAUCAUACGUGCAGAUUGCCGACAUGGAGAAGAAGCACAAUUUGCUUAUGCAGGAACAACAGGCAUGGCAUCUAUAUGGAAGCAGUGGGAUGCAAGGUGAAGGGGCAUUUGCCAAGAUUAAUGCUGCUUACAGUGGUGGCAUGGGGUAUCAAAACGGGUAUUAUUAUGCCCAAUUUUGAUCUAGUUUUUAUGCAUUAAUAAUAUUUCCAUGCUUUAAUGCUCGUUGUAGACUGCCUCAUAUGCCAUUUGCUCUUUAUUCAGAAGACGGUAUAAAAGAGAAUUUGUGAUAGUCUUGGGGUCUAUUUACCUACU